GAGAUUAAAGAAAAUGAGAUAACAAUUUUGGUGAGAUGUUGGAUCGGGACUGGAUGAUCAAAGUUGAGUAUAUACUAUCUAUAUCAGGAAUUCGGGAGGGCAAUCGUGCUGCCGAUUUCUUGGUUGGCUUAGGUCAUAGUUUACCUUUUGGUGUUCACUCUACAAGGCCGUUUGGCAACCAUGAUUUUCGGUUUAUUAGGCUUAUCAGCCAACUUUUUCACCAAACACGUAAAUUUUGCUUUCGCGCGUUGGAUUGUGUAAUAAGCAGAAAAAGCAAGGUUGGAGUUACUUUUCUAGCUGUAUUGGCUGAAGUUACUGUAGAUGACAAUUUUAGCUAUUUUUACAUAUAACUUUUUCUUUAUUUUAUUAAUAAAAUAUAUCUUAAAAAUAUCUUUUCUUAUAUCAGCAGAAUCAGCCAAUGCAGCCACUUCAGCCAGAACUUCAUAAACUUCAGCAAAAUCAGCAAAAACAGCCGAUUUUCGUGCUGCUACCAAACGAGCUCUAUAUGUAUUGAUGAUCCUACUUUAUCGCUCCACAUUUUGUAUGACUUGUUGGGGGUGUCUCAACCUCUUGAUUGUGAAUGAAAGAUAGGCGAUGAUGCGCCUAUGGCUUUACCCAAAAAAAUGAUAUAAAACCUUUCAAAAAAAAUGAGAAAACAGAAUAAUA